CACGUUGCAUUAAAAAGCUACAUCAUUGCAUUGCGUCGGAGAAAUAAUGGAAGACUCAGCAUUGACCCGUUCCGGAGAAAUCCAGAUUCUACCGCAGGAAGUGGUGGAUAAAAUUGCCGCUGGCGAAGUCGUCCAGCGGCCCGUAUCCGUCGUCAAGGAGCUGGUGGAAAACGCAUUGGAUGCGGGCGCUACAGAAGUCAUUGUUACCGUUGAGAAAGGAGGAUUGGCGAAAAUAACAAUAGCAGACAAUGGCGGGGGAAUCCGUCCACAGGAUCUCCCAUUGGCGGCAACACGACAUGCCACGAGUAAAUUGCGCACCACGGAGGAUUUUGCGCACCUAUGUAGUUUCGGAUUUCGUGGAGAAGCCUUGGCCUCAGUCAGUAUGGUGUCACAUCUUUGCAUUACCAGUCGCGUUCCGGAAGUAAAGGUCGGCUACAAGCUCGCGUAUCGUGGCGGAAAGCCGCUACAGUCACCGAAGCCUACAGCACGGAAACCGGGCACCACGGUGUUGGUAGAAGAUUUAUUUUUCAAUCUGCCUCAUCGGAAAGUUCUGCGACCUGCGGAUGAGUACAACAAAAUUUUGACGGUUCUGCAGCAUUACUCAAUCCUAUAUGCAGAACAGGGUAUAGGACUUGUUUGCCAGAAAUCCGGUAAGAAAAGCACGACGGAUUUGAACACAAGCAAUGCCGUCGCAGUAUUGCGCUCGGCAUUAGAUGCUGGUCAGGCAAACGACGACGCUUUGCGAAAGCUGCAACUGCGAGCUACUCAGCAGGUGAUAGCUCAGGUUUUUGGAUCCCAGCUGAUUUCUCAUUUGCAAGGCUUUGAUUCAAGAGGGACGCAAUUAGUGCUGUUUAUCAAUAGCCGUCUGGUGGAAUGCAAUGGACUAAAGCGAGUGAUGGAGGAUAUCUAUAGCGAAUAUACGAAGAUCAAGCCAUUUCUUUAUUUACGUCUUGACGUGCCACCUGAUACAGUGGAUGUUAACGUUCAUCCCACAAAGAAAGAAGUCGCCUUGCUAUACCUCGACGAAAUCUGCAAACAUAUCUCGUCUCAACUCAGACAAACGCUGUCACGAGCCGGACAAACCUUUGAACAAGAAGACUUGUCUGUCCAAUCAAGGUUAUCCAACCCCUACAAAAGAAAAGUCUCUGCUAUCUGUACAGACAAUGCCCCUUCCGGGAUGCACUUGCUUGCUUCACAGCAACCGGGUAAGAAAUCCGCGGCAUGCAAACUCAUUAGAACUGAUCAAUCAACCCAGGUCGGUGCUCUGGAACCUUACUUGGUACAGAAAUCUCAAAGUGAAACACCGCUUUCAGAUAAAACGUAUCAGAAUGAAACUCCAUCGUCAACGUCCUCUUCGCAGCAUUCGUCCGAAUCUCUCCUCGACACAAGUCAAUUCUCCAUCCGCUCACUGCGAAAGCGCGUUCGUAAGCGCUCCACGUCACGUCUGGAAAAACGACUUCGGACGUCGUGUUGGGUCGGCGUUGUUAGCCGACAGCGCUCGCUCGUACAAGUCGGGGAAGACUUGGUACUCAUGAAUCACCUUGAAUUUUCCCGACAAAUGUUCUAUCAACUAGCCCUUGAUCGAUUCGGCGGAGGAAUGAACUUGGCUGAGUUGGGAGAAGGCGGGCAAGGAGCCGUCGAUAUUCAAGUGAUCAUUGCGCAAGCCCUUCAGUUGGAGGAAAAGACGAGGGGAUUGCUUACGACGAGUGAAACAAACUCGGCUUUGGCUGAUCAAGCGGCAACUUGCUUAAUGGACAACAGUGAGAUGCUCGAAGAAUAUUUCUCCAUUGCUAUUGAGAAAGAUGACCUAGGGCGCAUCAUGCUUAAGGGGCUCCCCGUACUACUGGAAGGACAUUGCCCACAGCCACACGGUCUUGCCUUGUUUCUGUUACGAUUGGCCACUGAAGUGGAUUGGUCGGAAGAACGGCUUUGUUUUCACGGUGUGUGUCGAGAACUCGGGGCAUACUAUUCACAACUGCCAUCCGACAAUGAAGCUCUCGAGUCCUUUAUUCGGCAUACACUGUUUCCGGCAAUCUCGACCCUCACAGUUCCUCCCACAGUGUUGGAAGAAGAAGGCUGCUUUCAAUCAGUGACCAAAUUGUCAAAAUUGUUUCGCGUUUUUGAGCGUUGCUAAUGCAAGCAAAUGCUUUGACCAUAAAAACAACGGCGUCCUCAUAACUUUGGGUAAAAUAACUACCCGACUAAUAACAUUCUCUGAAUUUCUC